AUGAACACGCCGAAGAAGAGGAACUUUAAGAUAGAGGCUUUCAAGCACCGGGUGGAGGUUGAUCCAAAGUACGCAGAGAAGACCUGGAAGGUGCUGGAGCACGCGAUACACGAGAUUUACAAUCACAAUGCUAGUGGGCUCAGCUUCGAGGAGCUCUACAGGUUAGGAUUGUCCCUAUCACUUAUUGCUGUAGUUGUUUUAUUCCAAGAGUGAAGUUUUUCAUCGUACAGUGCAAUUUUUGGAUUGUCUAUGGUUACAAGGCUAGCGCGUGCGUCAUAAUUGCGCUCGUCAAUGUUAGCAAUGUUAUUUCGAUGCAGACGGUAUGGUUUUUGUUGAAGUUUGGUGGAUUUAUGCCUCUUUAUUGUUUAUUUUGGUUUGGGUAAGGUGAUUGACUGAUGUUUUUGAAUCUAUAUGUUUUCUCCAUGGUGAUAUAAUAUGUGACUAUCAAUGUCUUCAGGCAGUGCUUUAUCGUGAAUAGUUCUGUCAUUUCAUUCAUUGGUUUGGAUGUCUUGCUCAACAUUGAAGAGGUUCAGAUGUGCGGCCCACACAAACCUGUUACAUAUGGACAAAAUCUAUUUCGUACGGAGAUAUUUGAGGGAACCAUAGAUGUUUGGAUGGAAGAUUAAAUGGGAGGAUGUAUUGAGAUAAUUGGGACGAUUUUUAGGGCGUGGAGCCAUCAGAGUAUGUGAAAGACAUGGAAAAGGAGGAGAAGGCUAUAUAGGGGCUAGAGAAGUGGAAGUGAACAGAUGUGUGGUGAACACAAGAUCUCGUAGGACGAGGGGCUUCCUCCCUCUGCUUCACCCCCUGCAAUCGGUUUUUAGAAUCCAUAGGCGUUCAAAAACCGAAACCCUAAUUACUGGAUGAUCACUCUUGAAAUUUCAUUAUCACAUACCUCCCACAGUCGAAUUGAACAGACCUAAUACAAAUCCAAAAAUUUGUGUGAGAUAUAUUUUGCCAAUCUAUUGCCAUGAUGCUACUUUACCAAUCGAUUCACAGGUCUCUGACAUACUCAUCUCCAACGAUUUUCUAACAAGCGGCAAUGAAACUUAUAACUUGUUAAAAUCUUACUAUUUUCCAAUUUGAUCCGAUAUAUAGCUUAUUAUUUUUUCCACUUUGAAUGAAAAGAAAAUGUUGAAAUCGAAAGGAGAACAGAUGCCAUGAAAAUCCCCCCGUUCAAGUAAUAAAAGCAUGAUAGUCCCAAAGCCAUCUAGAUUCUUCUCUGGUGAUGAGAACUCUCCCCUCAUGGAAGAAAACGAGGUCCUGAGUAAUGAGCCAUAAAAACUUCUUUGAUAAAAUUUCGUUUACAGAAAAGAAUUAAUCCUAGAUUUCAGGUUUUCCAAUCUUUCAUGAUUGCCAUUAAUAAAGAUAGCCUGAGAGCAGUGAUAACCUAGGAUCUGUGGUGGCUACUUUCCUUCGUAGCAAUUUUAUUUUAAGGCACUCUUUUUACGAGCAAAUCAAUCUUUCUGGGGAGCUAGUUCCCAGCCCACCAUCCUUCCUAGCCUAGUGAUAGCUCCGUGAUGAAGGAGAUAGGGGUGACGAGACAGAAAUGAGAUAUUUCCAGAAGCAGGUACGCUUAAAAGAGUGCAUAAUAUCUCACUGAUCAAGUGCUCCCACCCCAAUGAUGAACCUGACCAAACAAUCUGGCAAAGCUGUGGGACAAAACGACUAAAUAUUACAAGAACCUUUCUUUUGUUAGCCAUUUUUUUGUGUAUGGAGUUCAACUUCAUCGGAAAAAAGAAGGCAAAGGAACUAAGAAAGAAUGUCUCGAUAAGGGGCUUUGAGUGACGACUGAUUGACUAGGCUUUCCUUCAAUGCAAGAAGCAUCGAAUUGUAUUAGUGGGAUAGCUUACUUCAAUACUCCCCAAGCCAGGAAAGCUGGUGUUUGUGAGUGCGCUCACAUCUGAAACUAAUUACAUUGCUCUUUACGAUGCUAAAAAUCAUUUUUUUUGGCUACAUUUGAAGGAUGAUAUUUACUGGAGGCAGAAAGUUUUUAUUUAGAUAUACUAUGUAGAUAAAAAAUCUAUAGAAUAAAUAAACUAGCCUCUAAUCUCUAGUAACCAGUAUAAUAUUGCAUGGAUUCAUCACAUAUCCCCCAGACAGAGAUUUGGAAACGUAGAAUUCAUGUUUUUUGUAUAGGCCGAUUUUAUAGUUGAUAUUUCAGAUAAAAUAAAUCAUAUCUCAUAAUUUUUUUCUUUUGGUAACCUAUCUUUUAUCUUGAAUUUGCUCCAUGAGAGAGACAAACGACUCGAUGUCUCACGAUUAUCCAAUUUAUCUCUAGAUUGGUGCCUAUUUCAUCAUCGAUCUUCUUCAGAAAUAUCUCCUCGUUUCAUGUUUUUAUAAUUGAUCCUCUGAUGGAUUUCUUUUCUAUCAAUAAACAACUCAAAGAAUAUCCUUCCCAUCUCUCAUCUGAGACAUGGGCUCACAGAAGAGAACCUUGAGGAGAGAAAGAAAGUAAGAGUGGAGGAGGGGAAGGAGAGGAAUGAUUGAGAGGAUGGAAAUGAUUAUGUAGAAAUGAAGACUUUGGCAGAUCGGGUGAGAGACUCAAUCGGUGGACUGACGACGCCGUGGAUGUGUCAUUUGAAGGUGAUGAGUAGAUUACAAUUGAGUAUUGCUUGGAAGGCUUGGGGUUGGCACCUUGGUGAGUGAGUUCACAACAAUGGAAGAAAGAGAAAACGGAAGAAAUCAUUAAGAUGGUGAAGUCGGUGAGGGAGAGGACGAUAACACAUUAGCAUAGCUAUCAGGAUUAUCAAAUGGAGCAUUAAGGGAUGACACGUGAAGGAGAAGAAUUGUGCUGUGGCAGCUCCUAUUGCGAUGUAAUUUUGGCGUGCUUUGUAUAGUAGAGAAAAAUGUGAGGAUGGAAAACAGGAGAUUGUGAAGGGGUUUAGUUGACUGUCAACUAGAGGCAUGGCUUUGCCAGUGGUAGAGAGAUUAGCUGGGGAAGUGAUCCUAUGGAAUGAGUACAUGUCUGGGUAAUAGGUUUCUUGUAGGAGAGGAGGCAUUGCGAUAUCCAACCCUUUAGGAUUCCAAACCGGGUUGUGGGGGAUUUUUUGUUAUGCAGACCCAUUUGGGAAUCAUUAUUGGUGAUUAAUGGAAAACCUUUCUGACCUGAAGUAUAAUAGGGGACUUCAAAUUGUUAUUACAGCUAAGAAGAAAAACAUGGGAUGCGAUACACAGGGGCAAGAUUGAACGCAUCACAGACUACAUUGCUGGGGUGACUAUAAUUGCUAUAUGCACUAUCAGCAAUCAGUGCAACUGGUGUGAACCCAAGGAAGACGCUUCUGAUUACGGGUUGAUAAGUUUCUUUUUUGCCAAGUUACUGGACACUUUUGGAACCCUGAUAAUGAAAACUAGUUCAUAUUACAUCACUUGCCUAACUUUUUAAGAGCACUGUUUGUACAUGAAGAAGCACAUUUUCAGUUUCGGGAGGUGAUGGUUGAGAAAAGGGGGGAUGCACUGUGGUACUAAAAAGGACUUUGUUGACAUGCUGAGGGGGGAGAGCAAUCAUCGGUUUAAUACUAACAUUGUUCUAUGUGAUACGCCUGGAACACCCAGAGGGACGAGCUGGAAGAUUGACUUUUUCUAAAAAAUAAGGGAGGGGCUCGAUGCUUUUGAAGAAAGUUGUGGCAAAUGAAGAAGACGCGCGAAACAAAAAUGUGUCAAAAGUUUAGUGAUAUGUGAGACUACAAAGGGAAGAAUGGUGCUGGUAACAAAGAUGGAUUGAUAAACAAGUGAAGGGAUCAAAGAUACAACAUAUUUCCCCAUGUUGAUGUGAGGGUGGAGAAUACUAUUAGGGUUGUGAAGCAUGGAGAGCAAGAGACUACCAAGGGAAUUAGUCGGUGUAAAUUGUCAGUAUAUCCAUAGUAUUCAUGAAGGAAGAUUGAUGGGAACUUUAGUGGAGGAAUCGAUCCCCAAAAGAUCAAAGGUAGAAGCAGGUGAGCAUUGUAGGCCCUUUGAAUCUGUGGUGUGAAUGUAUUGUUCUUGCUUCAGUAGGGAAUGGAUCAAUGGAUCCGAACGGUUUUACUUUAGUUGUUUUUCAAUAGUUAUAUGGAGUUCUACAGAGGGAAAGCUCAGUAGAGGGUUUUCAAAACUAGAUCAGACAGUAGAUGAUCUCUGAGGUCGUCAAUUUGUUGAAUGGGAGAACAAAGAAUCAUCAUAGAAAUCCUUGUAACAAAACUAGCGAUAAGUUAGGCUCCAUUGCACUGCUAUCAUAGGUUUUAGGACAAUAGGGGACCAAUGAAGCGAGCCAAUCAUCUCACUCCUUUGGCGAUAAGACAUGGGACCUUGACGAAACCCACGGACUGGCAUUUUUUGCAGACAAUGGACACUAGUAAAACUGGUUUUGAUUAAAUUGGCAGAGGGGAGUGCCCCUGUUAUUAGAGCUGCUGAUUGGUUCUCUCAUGGUUUGAACAUCAGGAGAUUUAAGUUGUCUUCUCAGUAUGCAGAUCAGCAAGCGAAUGUCUCUAGACAAGCCGCUGAUGUUUUCCAGCAUUCACACUCUCAUGUGUGGUAGUUUGACGUAUGAAAGAAUACCCCUGAUGCAUGCCAUAACAUUAAGUCACGGCAAUUUCUUCGGUCAGGGCAUAUUUUAAAAAGGAAAAUCAAUAGUCAUCACAUGAAUUCAUUACGACUGAGAUCCAUGAUUACAAUCUCUCAAAUUCAGGAACGCCUACAACAUGGUGCUGCACAAGUUUGGAGAUAAGCUUUACUCGGGCCUCAUCGCCACAAUGACGUUGCACCUGAAAGAAAUAUCCAAGUCCAUAGAGGCCGCUCAGGGUGGUCUGUUCCUCGAGGAGCUCAACAGGAAAUGGGGAGAGCACAACAAGGCGUUGCAGAUGAUACGGGACAUCCUGAUGUACAUGGACAGGACCUACGUCUCUAAUAACAAUAAGACACCUGUUCAUGAGCUGGGGCUGAGCCUGUGGAGGGAGCACAUCAUCCACUCUGAGAACAUCAGGUCGCGGCUGCUCAACAUGCUCCUGGAGCAGAUAUACAGGGAGCGGACGGGGGAGGUCAUCGAUCGGGGGCUGAUGAGGAACAUAACCAAGAUGCUGUCGGACUUGGGGCCGUCGGUGUACCAGGAGGACUUUGAGAAACCCUUCCUGGAAGUCUCAGCGAGCUUCUACAGCGGGGAAUCCCAGCAAUUCAUCGAGUGCUGCAGUUGCGGCGAGUACCUGAAGAAGGCCGAGAGGUGGCUGAAUGAGGAGAUGGAGAGGGUGACCCACUACCUGGAUCCGAAGAGCGAGCCCAAGAUCACGAGCGUGGUGGAGAGGGAGAUGAUCGCCAACCACAUGCAGAGGCUGGUCCACAUGGAGAACUCGGGCCUAGUGGACAUGCUGGUCAACGACAGGUACGAGGACCUGGGCCGGAUGUACAGCUUGUUCCGCCGGGUCCCCGACGGGCUGUCGACGAUUCGAGAUGUGAUGACCUCCCAUCUUCGGGAGAAGGGGAAGCAGCUUGUGACGGACCCGGAGAGGCUGAGGGACCCAGUUGACUUCGUGCAGCACCUUCUGGACGAAAAGGACAAGUAUGACAAGAUCAUCGGGUCGUCCUUCAACAACGACAAGACCUUCCUGAACGCGCUGACAUCGUCGUUCGAGUACUUUAUCAACCUCAACGGGCGAGCCCCCGAGUUUAUCUCCCUGUAUGUGGAUGACAAGUUCCGGCGGGGCCUGAGGGGGGUCAGCGAGGAGGACGUGGAGGCGGUCCUCGACAAGGUGAUGACCCUGUUCAGGUACCUGCAGGAGAAGGAUGUGUUCGAGAAGUACUACAAGCAACAUCUGGCCAAGCGGCUGCUCUACGGGAAGACCGUAUCUGACGACGCGGAGAGGAGCCUGAUCGUGAAGCUCAAGACGGAGUGCGGCUACCAGUUCACCUCCAAGCUGGAGGGCAUGUUCACCGACCUGAAGACCUCCCAGGACACGAUGCAGGGCUUUAGCGCAGGCCAGGGCCCCGAGGCCGCCGGCGAGGGCCCCGCGAUCGUCGUGCAGGUCCUAACGACGGGGUCCUGGCCCAUGCAGCCCAGCGCCGCCUGCAACCUCCCGGCGGAGCUGCUUCCCGUCUGUGAACGGUUCCGGGCCUACUACCUCGGCACGCACACGGGGCGGCGGCUUUCGUGGCAGACGAACAUGGGCACGGCGGACCUCAGGGUGGCCUUCGCCAGAAACCAGCGGCACGAGCUGAACGUCUCGACCCACCAGAUGUGCAUCCUGAUGCUGUUCAACUCCGCCGACCGCCUGGGCUACCGGGAGAUCGAGCAGGCCACCGAGAUCCCAGCCGCGGACCUGCGGCGCUGCCUGCAGUCGCUGGCCUGCGUGAAAGGCAAGAACGUGCUCCGCAAGGAGCCCAUGAGCAAGGACGUGGGCGACGACGACGCCUUCUUCGUCAACGACGCCUUCGCCAGCAAGUACUACAAGGUGAAGAUCGGCACGGUGGCGGCGCAGAAGGACUCAGAGCCGGAGAAACAGGAGACACGGCAGCGCGUGGAGGAGGAUCGCAAGCCCCAGAUCGAGGCGGCUAUCGUGCGCAUCAUGAAGUCCCGCCGGGUCCUGGACCACAACAACGUCGUCGCCGAGGUGACCCGCCAGCUACAGUCCCGCUUCCUGCCCAACCCCGUUGUCAUCAAGAAGCGCAUCGAGUCCCUCAUCGAGCGGGAGUUCCUCGAGCGCGACAAGGCCGACCGGAAGCUCUACCGGUACCUCGCCUGA